CGACGUGUCCCUGUUAUGGCAGCCACAUGCAGCCGGACGGAGAUGCUUUUUUAAAGCCUGGUGGCAUGCUUUGACUGAUGCCUUUCAAGAGACCUGCCACUGGUCUUGCUUUCUGUUUCUUCUACUUGAGUUCUUAUUUCACCAACAAGUAUGUCUUAUCUGUCCUGAAAUUCACCUAUCCAACGCUUUUUCAAGGGUGGCAGACACUUGUUGGUGGAAUUCUCUUACAUGCUUCCUGGAAAAUCGGCUGGGUUGAGAUCAGCACCAGUUCAAGGUCUGAAGUAUUAUCAUGGCUUCCAGCUUCUGCACUUUUUGUGGGUAUUAUUUAUUCAGGUUCCAGGGCAUUAUCUAGAUUGCCAAUUCCUAUCUUUCUUACCUUACACAAUGCUGCAGAUAUUAUAUUUUAUGGAAUGGAAGUCUCAGUGCACAAAGAGCAGAACUCCACCCUAAAACUCUGCAGUAUCUCUGAACAACAAUACAUAAACUAUGCAUUCAGUGUGGUGAUGUUGGCUUUUGCAUCCCACCCAACAGGUGAUCUCUUCAGUGCCUUGGAAUUUCCACUUCUGAACUUUUACAUCUUUCACAGCAGUUGCCUUGCCAGUGGACUUUUGGGAUUUCUUCUGACUUUACAUACUAUGAAACUUAAAAGUAGCAUCUCCUCAGGACAAUAUUUAGCUUGGAAUUUCGUAGCGAAGGUUAUCACAGCUGGUCUGUCUCCAUUCUUCUUUGAAAUUACAGUGAAUGUACCAACUGCCUGCUGUCUUUUGCUGGCUGGAUUUGCUGAAGUCUUUCUUCUUUACAUUGAAAGGACUGGCACGUGAACACUGACAAGUGAGGAAGAUGACUCUUCAAUGGGACUCCUCAAUUUUUGUUUAAGAACAAGUGAUUACUGAAGAUGUGUAAGCAAACAUCAGGUUACAAGCGCAGUCCCAUGACUGCACUUUCUCAAAAAAAAAGUCCUAUUCGCAAUAACACCGAGACAUCUGCUAUAGGAUAGUGUAGGAUGAAUUCUACCUGUUCCUGUUUUUAAGUCAUAUCUUCUAUUAAUAGCAAUGCAUAAAAAUGGGAUUUGAUUCUUUUUUUUGAUAUUAUGCUAAAAUGAAGGAUCAUCACUAAACUGGAACUUCUCUGGUAUUAUCCAAACAUUCUCUACUUUUUUUCUCAGGGCCAAUCUUCUAAUUGUAGCACUCUAUUCAGAUGAUAAUUGCUUAUUUUAUCACAAAAUGGAAUAGAUGACCUAUUACCCCCACAUGAAGCCCUGCAUUAGGGGUUACUCUGAUCUUGGAUGUUUUUCAGAUAGAGUAGUUGUGUUCCUCAUCAGCUUGGAGUGCACAUUACUUAUUGUAGGUAAUAUACUAUACUUCUUGCUUCCUUAUCCUCCUCCUGACACUGGAUGGUAAGAUGUUGGCAGCAAAACUGUGUGGGAGGAAUAGAUCCAUUGGCAAGCAUCAGUACCAUACAUUCCUGGGGGUAGAGGGGGCAGCGAUAUAGAUAUAAUGACCUCAUAUGAUCCAACCCUCACAUAUCAUAGUGCUAAGUUUUGUGAAUGCAGCCAGUUCACUGUUUUUUACACUUGGCAACUUUUAAGAUGUGCAGACUUCAACUCCCAGAAUUCCCCAGCCAGCAUGCCUUUACAAAUUUGCUGUCAGGCAAACAUAAGAUGCAAGAAAAAUCCAACCAGACUAUAAAUGACCACUCAUAAAUAAGUGAUCAUCAGUUACUCUGAUAGGAUAAGCGCACUUGAAGACUUACCCCUUUUUGUCCGACCACACAACACUAGUUGUGUUAACUCAGGUACAUAACAUCAUUUGUGCUUAUUUCCCUACACCUUCUAUCAUUGAUUCACAUACUGUAAUUCAGUUAAACUGUUAAUGAGUUACAUUAGUUGGGUUCAGACAUUACUCCAACUCACAUUAUGCUUUUGUAUGUACGAUAAUAUAUGAACACAGCCAUCUGUCGCCAGUUUGCCUUGGCAUGGGCAAAAUGUAAGCAUAUUGGCUAAGUUAAUUUUGUUCCCGUGGAUACAGGGUUAUAAGUACAUUGUGGGUUGGCAUUUUUGAGCCUCUUUGUAAAAGCAAAUAUAUUUCCAAUAUACCUUGAAAAGAAAUAAUAACUCAUUGGAAGGUCUUCUCCAAUAUUCUGUACUUUUUGGCAUGGUAGAGAUAAAAAUUACUGUGAAUAUUCAAAUUCAAUAGAAUUGAAUGGUAAGCAGGAAGGAUCUGGUUCAAUCUCCACUAAAGUAAGAGCAUCACAUUCAGUUCUACUUUCUCUAUAAAAUGAAACCAUUUGAGAAUUAAAAUUUUUAAAAAACCUCACCCCAUCCCAGAAUCUGAUGUGUGCCGAGGACUCUUUGGAAAAUAAGAGUAAAAAUUAGGAUGAUAGUCAGCAGAUCUGCAACACUACUUCCAUUGAAUGAAAAAAUAAAGUGAAUCUUACAUUUAAGCAUUAGUCUAUUUUUUCACUCAAAUGUUUAAUUAUUAUUACUACCUAAACAUUUAUACAUACGGAUUAUAACACUUACCUGUAUGUUAUGAUUAGUUUCUACAAGGAAAUAUAGUGAUACUGCAUAGUUUCAAAAUUUGGUCUGCAGCAUUGCUUCAUAUGAACUCUUUCCAUAGCAAAUAUUUGUAUCUCUCUUAUUCCUAAACAUUUUUGCUUAGCAAAAGUUAUUGUCAUCUGGGUAAGGAGCUUGUUAAGGGGCAUUUAGAUACAACUUAUAACAAUUCCUUUAGUGAAGAUUCAGUUACAACAGCACUGAAAAAAGUGAAUUAUGACCGUUUUUCACACUUACAUUAUAUCAUCCCCAUGGUCACCU